AGUUUCACUCCCAGCAGACCUUUCUGUCAUUCAACAACUUAUACUGCUCUGAGCUUUCACAGUGAGAGGACGGCCUCUGAGCUGGUGUCUUUUGACUCUGACUACAAUGACAGGAGUGGUGUUUGGAUGACCACGUGUGGGACUCUUCUCUGGAAUUAAAAAGAUUAGAGGAGUUUUAUUCUAAAGGAUAAUACACCUGCUUCUAUUUUUUUAAAGAUUUGAGUAUUACUCUACACUUGACAAGAUAAGGAGCUGCUUGAUCCACUGAAGGAGGACACUGGGACUGAGGAGGCGCCUUUUAAUAUAGAACAGAAAUGUCCGAUUCACCUCAGACAUGCGUAACAGUGGAAGAAGAGCUCCCACUGAAUGUCGUCGCAGGGUCAGGCGAUGAUCUACACAAUGACAGCAGCCCUCAAACAACCAGCAGCACCAGACGAUGCCCUGCCUUCUCCUCCUGCUGCAAGGACAGACACUACAGGAAGCUGGCCAUCUGCAGCAUCGUCUGUGGGGUCUCCUGCAUCGGCAUCAAGGCUCUGAUAAGCUCAGUCAAGGCUGAAGUAACAAAAGAUCCCAAGGAAGCUGAUGUGCAUUUGCGACAGGCGAAAAAAUGGGGCAUCAUCUCCGUGGUGACGUUGGUCGCCAUCCUGGCUUCACUUCCAAUCUUAAUGGCACUGAUCUCGUAUCUCCUCACUCUGAAAGACUGAUCUAGAUCUAGAUCCUCAGAGGAGCGGCUCUUCUUUUAAUCGGCUGUUCAGGAACACGGACAGAACGAAGCCGGUGAUCAACUGAAAGCAGCAAAGACAUGAAGAAACUGGCAUUUACACAGAGCACAUAAAGACUGUGUGGUUUACACUUACACUUUUUUUUUUUUAAAAAAGGAACAUAUUUGAAACAGAAGUACAACUUUGACAUGUUUUUUUUAUACGCUGUAAUAUUUAUUUAACAAUGUAUGAACAUAUGGACAAUUCCAAAUCCUAAUAAGCAUAUAAAAUCCAGCAUGAACUAUAGUUUGAGACAAUACGCUACUGGACAUGUACAUCAUAUAUUAAAGAUAAGAACUGUGAGUCCCCAGCAGUGACCCGAUCCUCAAUGUUUGCAGCUUUAAUGCAAAAGUGAAUAAAUUACUGUAUCUGUCGACGUAGGAAAGUAUCGAUGUAAACGCCAUCAUGGAGGAUCGGGUCUCUGCUGGAGCAGGAACAGCGUGGCAGUGCGUCGUCAGAACAUCGUGAGAUCCUGCGGUUUGUGCCAAAGUCUUCUUGGCAUUAUUGCAUUGUUACCAUGUUAGUCAUCAAUAUGCUGUACUUUUAUACAAACAUAUAAACAAACACUUUUAUAACAAAAUGACA